AUGUGGAGCCCCACCGAGGAGGAGAAAUACGGCGUGGUGAUAUGCAGCUUCCGAGGAGCCGUACCGCAAGGUUUAGUCCUGGAACUAGGUGAAACUGUCCAGAUCCUGGAAAAAUGUGAAGGUUGGUACAGAGGUGUUUCGGUUAAGAAGCCAAAUGUAAAGGGGAUUUUUCCUGCAAACUAUAUUCACUUGAAAAAGGCAAUUGUGAGUAACAGAGGGCAAUAUGAAACGGUCGUUCCGCUCGAAGAUUCCGUUGUGACCGAAGUCACUGCAACGCUGCAGGAAUGGGCUGUGCUCUGGAAACAACUGUAUGUGAAACACAAGGUGGAUCUUUUCUACAAGCUGCGCCACGUGAUGAACGAGCUCAUCGACCUGCGGCGGCAGCUGCUCUCGGGCCACUUGACGCAGGAUCAGGUGCGGGAGGUCAAGAGGCACCUCACGGUGAGGCUGGACUGGGGCAAUGAACACUUGGGGCUAGAUUUAGUUCCUCGGAAGGACUUUGAGGUGGUGGAUUCAGAUCAGAUCAGUGUUUCAGAUCUUUAUAAAAUGCAUUUAUCAAGCAGACACAGCGUCCAGCAGAGCACAUCACAGGUGGAUACGAUCCGUCAGCGUCACGGGGAAGCUUGCCGCRUGCCAGUGCCUCAUCACUUCUUCCUCAGCCUCAAGAGCUUCACCUACAACACGAUUGGAGAAGACACCGAUGUCUUUUUUUCUUUAUAUGACGUUCGAGAAGGCAAACAGAUCAGYGAGAGGUUUAUGGUGAGGCUGAACAAGAACGGAGGCCCCAGGAACCCGGAGAAGAUAGACCGAAUGUGCGCGCUCUUCACGGAUCUGAGCAGCAAGGACAUGAAGAGAGAUUUGUACAUAGUUGCCCAUGUAAUUCGAAUAGGUCGCAUGUUGCUAAAUGAUUCCAAAAAAGGGCCUCCACAUUUGCAUUAUCGCCGCCCCUAUGGCUGUGCAGUCUUGAGCAUCAUGGAUGUCCUUCAGUCCAUCUCUGAGCUGAAAGAAGAGAAGGAUUUUGUUCUUAAAGUUUACACGUGUAACAACGAAAAUGAAUGGUAUCAGAUCCAUGAGAAUAUUAUCCGCAAGUCCAGUACCAAAUACACAGCGCCCAGCUCCAACUACGGACUUAUAAUCUCUCUGCAGCUUCUUCGUGGUGACAUGGAGCAGGUGCGAAGGGAAAACCCCCUGAUCUUUAGCCGCGGGGUUGCCGUUACCAGGAAGCUGGGCUUUCCCGACGUGAUAAUGCCAGGCGACAUACGCAACGACUUGUACCUCACCUUGGAAAAGGGCGACUUCGAGCGGGGUGGCAAGAGCGUGCAGAAGAACAUCGAGGUCACCAUGUACGUUCUSUACGCCGACGGAGAAAUCCUGAAGGACUGCAUCAGCCUGGGCUCYGGCGAGCCGAGCCGCAGCGCCUAUCACUCCUUCGUCCUCUACCACAACAACAGCCCGCGCUGGGGGGAAAUCAUCAAGCUGCCUAUCCCCAUCGACCGCUUCCGGGGCUCCCACCUCCGCUUCGAGUUCAGGCACUGCUCCACAAAAGACAAGGGAGAAAAGAAGCUCUUUGGGUUUGCGUUCACUCCGCUAAUGAGGGAUGACGGCACCACCUUGUCAGACGACAUCCACGAGCUUUAUGUCUAUAAGUGCGACGAGAACAGCACGUUUAACAACCACGCGCUCUACCUGGGGCUGCCCUGCUGCAAGGAGGACUACAACGGCUGCCCCAACAUCCCCUCCAGCCUCAUCUUCCAGCGCAGCACCAAGGAGACCUUCUCCGUCUCCACGCAGCUCUCGUCCACCAAACUGACCCAGAACGUGGAUUUGCUCGCCCUCCUGAAAUGGAAGGCUUACCCGGAUCGUGUGAUGGAUAUCCUGGGAAGACUGAGGCACGUCAGUGGCGAGGAAAUCGUUAAGUUCCUACAGGACAUUCUCGACACGUUGUUUGUAGUUUUGGAUGACAACACAGAAAAAUAYGGGCUGCUGGUCUUUCAGUCUCUGGUGUUCAUCAUUAAUCUGCUCCGUGACAGCAAGUAUUUUCAUUUUCGACCUGUGAUGGACACUUAUAUUCAGAAGCACUUUGCAGGAGCACUGGCUUACAAAGAACUGAUCCGGUGUUUGAAGUGGUACAUGGACCGCUCGGCGGAGCUCGUGCGGCAGGACCACAUCCAGGAGGCAAUGCGAGCCUUGGAAUAUCUUUUCAAGUUCAUUGUCCAAUCUCGGAUCCUUUACUCCAGAGCUACUUGCGGGAUGGAGGAGGAACAGUUCCGCUCCAGCAUCCAGGAGCUUUUCCAGUCCAUCAGAUUUGUGCUCAGCUUGGACAGCAGGAGCUCGGAGACUCUCAUCUUCACACAGGCCGCCCUGCUCAACUCCUUCCCCGCCAUCUUCGACGAGCUGCUGCAGAUGUUCACGGUGCAGGAGGUGGCGGAGUUUGUGCGGGGCACGCUGGGCAGCAUGCCCAGCACGGUGCACAUYGGGCAGUCCAUGGACGUGGUGAAGCUGCAGUCCAUCGCGCGCACCGUCGACAGCCGCCUCUUCUCCUUCUCAGAGUCCCGGCGCAUCCUGCUGCCCGUGGUUCUUCACCACAUUCACCUUCACUUGCGACAGCAGAAGGAGCUCCUCAUCUGCUCUGGGAUCCUCAGCAGUAUUUUCUCUAUAAUCAAGACCAGCUCUUUGGAGGGUGAUGUCGUGGAGGAGGUUGAGAUGAUGGUGGAGAGCCUCCUGGAUGUGCUUUUACAAACUCUGCUUACAAUCAUGAGUAAAUCGCAGUCUCAGGAGGCGGUAAGAGGGCAGCGUUGCCCGCAGUGCACAGCAGAAAUCACUGGAGAAUACGUGUCCUGUCUCUUAUCCUUGCUCCGUCAGAUGUCAGACACGCAUUUCCAGCACUUACUGGACAAUUUCCAAAGCAAGGAUGAGCUCAAGGAAUUCCUGCUGAAGAUUUUCUGUGUGUUUCGGAACCUGAUGAAGAUGAGUGUCUUCCCUCGGGACUGGAUGGUGAUGAGGCUGCUCACCAGCAAUAUCAUAGUUACAACAGUUCAGUACCUGUCCUCUGCACUGCACAAGAACUUCACGGAGACAGACUUUGAUUUUAAAGUGUGGAACUCCUAUUUCAGCUUAGCCGUUCUGUUCAUAAACCAGCCAAGCCUCCAGCUUGAAAAUGCCACGCCAGCUAAGAGGAAGAAGAUUCUAGAUAAAUACGGCGAUAUGAGAGUGAUGAUGGCAUAUGAGCUCUUCAGCAUGUGGCAGAACCUGGGUGAGCAUAAGAUUCACUUUAUCCCGGGAAUGAUUGGCCCCUUUCUUGGCGUUACGCUCGUCCCACAGCCAGAAGUCCGCAACAUCAUGAUCCCAAUCUUCCACGACAUGAUGGACUGGGAACAGAGAAAGAAUGGCAACUUCAAGCAGGUGGAAGCAGAGCUGAUCGACAAGCUGGACAGCCUGGUGUCGGAGGGCAAAGGUGAUGAGAACUACAGGGAACUCUUCAGCCUGCUAACCCAGCUCUUUGGGCCUUAUCCCAGCCUGCUGGAGAAGAUCGAGCAGGAAACGUGGCGGGAGACAGGCAUCUCUUUCGUUACGUCGGUUACUCGCCUCAUGGAGCGUCUGCUUGACUACAGGGACUGUAUGAAAGGAGACGAAACGGAGAACAAGAAGAUCGGCUGCACUGUCAAUCUGAUGAACUUCUAUAAGUCUGAAAUUAAUAAGGAAGAGAUGUACAUCCGCUACAUCCACAAGCUGUGUGACAUGCACUUACAGGCUGAGAAUUAUACAGAGGCCGCGUUUACGUUGCUUUUGUACUGUGAGUUGCUUCAGUGGGAGGACAGACCUCUGAGAGAGUUCCUGCAUUAUCCAUCUCAGUCAGAGUGGCAACGUAAGGAAGGUCUGUGCCGUAAGAUUAUCCAUUACUUCAACAAAGGGAAGAGCUGGGAGUUCGGCAUCCCGCUGUGCAGAGAGCUGGCCGUACAGUAUGAAGGUCUCUAUGACUAUCAGAGCCUCAGCUGGAUCCGGAAAAUGGAAGCCACCUACUAUGACAAUAUCAUGGAGCAGCAGCGCUUGGAGCCRGAGUUUUUCCGAGUUGGUUUCUAUGGUCGGAAAUUCCCAUUUUUCCUGCGGAACAAGGAGUACGUGUGUCGGGGCCACGACUACGAGCGGCUGGAAGCCUUCCAGCAGCGCAUGCUGAGCGAGUUCCCGCAGGCCAUCGCCAUGCAGCACCCGAACCACCCGGACGACUCCAUCCUGCAGUGCGACGCCCAGUAUCUGCAGAUCUACGCAGUGACUCCCAUCCCGGAGAACAUAGAUGUGCUGCAAAUGGACCGCGUCCCCGACCGCAUAAAGAGCUUCUACCGAGUCAACAACAUCCGCAAGUUCCGCUAUGACAGGCCCUUCCAUAAAGGCCCCAAGGACAAGGAGAACGAAUUUAAGAGCUUGUGGAUUGAACGUACCACUCUGACCUUGACUCAYAGUUUGCCGGGCAUCUCUCGCUGGUUUGAAGUGGAAAGAAGAGAACUGGUCGAAGUAAGUCCUUUGGAAAACGCCAUUCAAGUGGUUGAGAACAAAAACCAGGAGCUGAGAACACUGAUAAGCCAGUACCAGCACAAACAAAUGCAUGGGAACAUUAAUCUUCUCAGCAUGUGUCUGAACGGAGUGAUUGAUGCGGCGGUGAACGGGGGAAUCGCGCGAUACCAGGAGGCUUUCUUUGAUAAAGAUUAUAUCACCAAGCACCCCGGGGAUGCAGAGAAAAUCACACAGCUCAAGGAGCUCAUGCAGGAACAGGUGCACGUCUUAGGAGUGGGUCUGGCGGUCCAUGAGAAAUUUGUACACCCAGAAAUGCGUCCUCUGCACAAGAAACUGAUAGAUCAGUUCCAGAUGAUGCGAUCCAGCUUGUACCACGAGUUACCUGGUUUGGAUAAGCUGAGUCCAGCCUGUUCUGGCUCUAGCACACCACGCAGCAACGUUCUGGUUUCGCACGGRCCGAUGAGCCCCGAGAGCAUAAAGCUGGUGCAUCGACACAGCCCGCUGAACUUGCUCGGUUCAGUCCGACACUCCUCGUCCUCCCUGUCGUCACACACCUCCAGCGAAACGGGAAACCUGGUGAUCCUAACGGACAGUUCAGUGGGGGAGACUGCUGAGGAUAUGUACCACAUGCAGGCCAGCCCUUCCACCUCGAGCCUGAGCUCUACCCACUCUGCCCCAUCGCAGAUGAUAAACUCUGCCCCUUCCAGCGCGCGAGUGCUGGUGAAAGGUGCUGGAUUGACCACCCUGGAGGCUGAAGCCCUCUAUUUCCCCACAGAGCAGAUGCAGCAUGGGCGGCAGCCGUGCAAGCUUCCCCACGCUGCCCCCUCCAAUGUGCCUCAUCUCUGUGCCGGAGGGACCACCUCUAGAGAUAAGUACCGCCACUCUCGGGAGCUGAUGAUGCUGCUACCGACGCACCGGGACCGCCCCAGCAGCGCCAUGUAUCCCGCAGCGCUCCUGGAAAACGGACAGCCUCCAAGUUUCCAGCGCGCCUUCAUCCAGCAGAUGAUCGGACCGUGCAAACCUUGCAGUGAUCCCAACCUGUCCGUGGCUGAGAAAGGCCACUACUCGCUGCACUUCGAUGCCUUCCAUCACCAGCUCGGCGAUGCUCCUCCUGCACUGCCCGCACGAACGCUGCGCAAGUCCCCUCUUCAUCCCAUCCCUGCAUCACCCACUAGUCCCCAGUCCGGUCUGGAUGGAAGUAACUCCACUUUAUCGGGGAGCGCCAGCAGUGGCGUCUCCUCCCUGAGCGAGAGCAAUUUUGGACAUUCCUCCGAAGCCCCUCCUCGCACRGACACCAUGGAUUCCGUCCCGAGCCAGUCCUGGAAUACCGACGAAGACCUGGAGACCCCCUACCUCCCCGUCAGGUACAGCCUCUCUGAGCCUGAUGUCCUCGAGUCRCUCAAAUCCCAGCCCUGCCGAAGCCACUCCGCACCCUCUGGAGUCAUUCCUCAGGACCCCAUGGACCCGCCCGCACUGCCCCCCAAACCUUACCAUUCCCGACUCCCAAACCUGGAGAACGAAGAGGGAAUGAUCAUUGAAGACGACGACAAACACCGGCCCCUGCAUCGCAAAGUGUCCCAACCAGUGGGCGGGGGAAAGGAAGAGCAAGCCAGGGUAGCGUGGGAGCACGGCAUCGGCGAGCCGUAGGAAGAAUUCCCGGGCGAGCAGCUUCCAUUC